GUACGAAGAAGCUACCAACGAGCUCAUUAACGAGGAGCUGGGCAUUGCAUACCCCAUCAUCGACGGCAUCCCCAACAUGAUCCCGGAGGCUGCCAGGAUGACUCGGAAGAAUCCCCCAGCCGAGGGCUCGAAGCAGCCCUGA